CAACUCCGGCCAUGUCGCUGGACAUCAACUGGUCGCUCCUGUCGCAGCCAGAUGAAUCCGCCACAGACCAGCUGUCAGAGUCUCUAAUUGCUCUCCUCAACGCCCAGCUUGCAGAAGCACACAGGCCGUCGUUUAUCGGCCCCAUCACCGUCACUGCAUUUGACUUUGGAAACGCGGGACCAGACCUCGAAGUCAAAGACAUUCGUGAUGUAUGGAGAGUCUUUGACCAAGGCGACGAUGAAGGAGAUUUCGCAGAGGAGGAGAAGCAAAGGGAAAAAGAGAGAGAAGAGAGGGAUAAAUUGAGGAAUGAGGCAUUAAAGAGUUCACUCGAUGGUGAAAGAUACGAGCUUGUCGACCGGUACAGUUCCACCGAGGGGACAUCGUCCUUUGAGUACCAGCCCGAGUACGAUAUACAUGAGCAACACGGUGAUGACUAUCGAAUACGAGGUCGAAGACCGCUGUCGUACACUUUUGGCUACCCUCACGACCGACUGGCUGUACAUCGCUCCUCAUCCUCUCGGUCCUUUAUCCCAUUUCCUUUUGACCACCCUCCACCCGCUCUACACAUCCCGUCCACUCCGGGUUUGAACCCCUCUCUUGUCUCUCACCCUAUUUCGGCCCGUUUCUCUCGCCGACCAAUGUCCAUCGCUGCAAGUGCCGCCCCUCGUCCAACUCCUCGACGGAGACCUAUCGAGCCGUCUUCUACUUCUCCGUCUCCUCCUGCACACCCAGCAGGCCUUCCCCCAAAGGUCUCUUCAUCCUCAAUACCCUCCCUUCAACUACAUCUUCGUCUAUCACAUGCAUCCGAUUUGCAUCUCACUCUCCUCACUUCUUUACAAGUCAACUAUCCUUCGGCGCUUUUCAUGGCGCUUCCUCUCAAAUUAUCCAUAACAGGGUUUCAACUAAACGCAGAUAUAGUGAUGGCGUAUAGCGGAGAAAAGAAUCGGGUCCAUCUCACAAUAGUAGAUGACGAGUCCAAUCCAGCUCAUAAGGAAGAUAAGCAAAUUCCGCUAGGACAGAGGUUGUUGUCGAAUUUGCAGAUCGAGUCGGAGAUUGGACAUGCAGACGCUCAUGUCUUGAGGAAUGUUGGAAAGGUGGAAAGGUUUAUUGUGGAUGUGGUGAGAAAGACGUUGGUGGAUGAAUUAGUAUUUCCCAACUUUCAUACUGUGGCGUUAUAGCGGAAGUACAGAACAAGGCGAAGAAGGGGAGGAUGCACUGGAUAGGAGAAGACACCAGGGAGCGACGAAGAACAGAGGGAACAGACUUGGCAUAGCUAGACAUCAUUCCAUAGACUUGUAUGUACGCAUUAUUAG